AUGAGCAGUUUAGAUAGAAUCGAACUUUCGAUUGAUCCAGGUACUUGGAAUCCUAUGGAUGAAGACAUGUUUCCUCUGGUUCCCAUUAAAUGGGACAAACCUUAUACGGAAGACGAACCUUCUACGAAAGACGAAUACGAAUCUUCUACGGAAGAAGAAUAUGAAUCUUCUACGAAAGACAAACCUUCUAACGAACCUUCUAUGGAAGACAAACCUUCUAACGAACCUUCGACAGAAGACAAACCUUAUACGGAAGACGAAUCUUCUCCGCAAGACGAACCUUCUACGGAAGAUGAAUACGAAUCUUCUCCGAAAGAUGAACCUUCUACGGAAGACGAAUACGAAUCUUCUACGGAAGACGAACCUUAUAUAAAUCGUCUUGAUUUUUAUCAAGAAAGUACAAGAUUACUGGAGGCGGUUCAAACAGGCACAGGUCAACUAAAUGGUAUUCCUGUAGCAAUAUGUAUUAUGGAUUUUCAGUUUCUAGGGAGUAGUAUGGGAUCCAUAGUGGGUGAGAAAAUAACUCGAUUGAUCGAAUAUGCUACCAAUCAACUUUUACCUCUUAUUAUAUUUUGGGAUGUUGGGGGUAAAAGAGUAAUUGAACAAACGUUGAAUAAGGAAGUGCCUGAAGGUUCCCAAUCGGCUGAAGUUUUUUUCGAAAAAGGCUUAUUGGAUUCAAUCGUAUCACGUGAUUCUUUAAAGGACUUUUUAAGUGAGUUAUUUGAAUUCCAUGGUUGCUUUCCUUGGAUUGAAAAUGAAAACUAA